AGUGUUUUUGAGUUAGUAAUCAAAAUGGUGGUGUUGCAAACACUUCAGCAAUGUCGUUAUCUAAAUUCUUUGUCCGCUGCGAUUACAAGACCUCAUAGAACAUUCUAUCUGCGAACUUAUCCAACUGUUGUGGUUAAACCUGAUGGUUCAACUGUUAAUAUUCGUUAUCAUGAGCCCAGACAAAUUAUAAAGUUGCCAAUAAACAUUUGGUUACUCGAAGCAGAAAGAAAGGCAAGACUUGAAGCAAGGAAACCCAAGCAAAAGGUGAAAAUAGUCGAUGAUAUUGAAGAUAAUUAUGACUCUAAAAAGUAUCUAAAAUAUUUAAAAAAGAAAUGAUUUAUUUCUUAGUCAUUGUUAGUUUAUUUGUAAUGUAGGCAACUCAAUAUACACCUGUGCAUAACAAUUAUGCAUAUAAAAAAUCCAGUA